AGGCACACGCUCUUCCCGGGCGAGGGGCUUUGUAUAACGGAACUGACAUUUGGCCUUGAUACCUAUAUCUCGGUGAUUGCAACAAAUUUCUAAAAUAAAUAUUGUACUUUGAUCUUCCAACAUUGCAUUUUUUACAUUACUUCAUUAAGAUUAAGUUUUUCAGGAGCCCUGAGUGCAAAGGGUGGGAAGCUAAACAGCAGAGCGCAAAAGUGUCCCUCCAAACUUCAACUUGCGCCUAGAAGGGCUGGAAUCAUGGAGGAUUUUCACAAAUGGAGAUGCGGCCCAGAGCAAGGAUUUAGGACAUCCAAGAGAGUCCCUACUGUGGGCUGCUAUUCAUUGUUCUAAAGACUUUGCAUAAUUACCUUCUAAGCCUACAAGCGCACUACAUGGUCAGCACUACUCUAACCCCCACUGCCACUGGGAGCCUGAGGCAUAAAAAAGUUGAGCAACUCGCUUGCCGGGGUUACCAACCAGAAAGUGGCAACUAGAAAAUCUGACUUCAGAUUUUCAGAGUUCGAACUCUUAACGACCAACACACACUCUUUCCGCCCUCUUGGCCGGUGAUGGCGGUUUAAUGGACUAAUGGGAGCAUUGUGGGGGAAAGGUUAUCUCCUACAACAACUAAGGAGAUGUUAAUUGGCUUUUCUUGCCUUUUUGUUAACAAAGCGAACAGAUUCAGCAAAUGAGAUCUCUGUCCAUCCUGCUUGGCCCAACCCGGCCCGCCUGCCGGAGUUCGAAGAGCUCAAAGGAGCCCGAGAAGAAACACGCUAGGGAACUAAAUUAGUUUCCACAGACGUGUGCCUUUGAGGGUGUGCGCGCCUCGGGACUCCCUGCCGUCGACUGGCAUCCGGGAAAGGGCUCCUGCGGAUCCUAGACUCCUCAGGGACUCGACGCCUUGACGGGGCGUAGACAAGGGGCAGGUCCGCUGGGCCUAAGAGCAAAACGAUUAAGUCCUCUCCCUUUACCCGCUCCCAGAGGAUCCGAACCUCAUCUUAUGCAGCUCGACAGCGGCAGGCGAGCCGCGCGGUCACUGCUCUGGUCACCUUCCCUGCGUGACACCCUGCUGGGGAGAGCGGAGCGAAAGUGUUCAUAGCAUUUGGUCCGCGUGCGGCCGAUUGGUCUUCGACAAGAUGUCUUUACUUUGCUGGCGGGCCCUCGGCAUGCGGAGAUGUGGGUCUCGCGGGGUAGUUUCCCAGCCCCCAAUGGGAAUGCAGAGGUCUUCAGUAUACAGCCCAGACUCCGAAUCAGAAGCCUGCUGGAGUUGGGCUAACCGCUCGCCCCCAAGGCGAGUUGGACCACCGAGUACGUCCUCUCACGUCAGUCCCAGUCUCCGUGCGAUCCCCGGGUGGACCAUGCGCAGAGGGCGCGGCGCGAGUUGGCUAGGAGGAUCCUGCACUGCGGGCGGCGUCGUAGGGAGGAGACCGAGUCCACAUAGAGGCCGGACGCCGAUCGCGGGGCGCCGAGCUCAGGCCGCCACUCCGUGGCGCGGUCACGUGAGCCGGGUCCCCCCGCAGGAGGCCGCGGCGGCCAUUCCGGGCCUCUAAUCUCCCCUCCAGUGCCAACGGGACCCGGCGGCUCUCCUCCCGCCUCCUGCUUCCUCUCCCCGCAAUCCCUGUGUCCGCGCUGUGGCCAGAGGCAGGUGGCUGGCUAUCCCUCCUUGGCUGUGCAUGGCAGGCCAGCGAAGGUUUAGAGUGAGCAUUUCCCCGGCCCGAGGCAUACGGCCUGUGCCCGAACUUUUUCUUUCCAAGGAUGACAAGAACAACCGUUUUCAUUGACUUUACGGUUAGAGGGCCUCCCUCUUACUGCUUGUGGUUUGUCCAACAACAAAAGGCUUUCUCGGCCGCCCCUUACUUUUCGAGUAGUCUCCUGAUGGGUCAGAGCGGCGUGCAUGAGCGCGCACCCACUUGGCGGGCUUGCGGGGAGAAGCUGCCUGCUCUCACGGCUGGGAACCCUCGGUGGAGCCCAGGAGCGGUCAGCCGCCUGCCGUGCCCUCCACGGCGUCCUCCAGGACCUCUGCCGGAGACAGAAUACGUUUUUCCCUAGGGUGUAUAUUGUGAGCUGUUCUGGGCGUCCUGCCAAGCGUAGCUUUGGGGGUAAGCGCGGCUCGGGUGCAUUUCCCGUCUCACUAUUCGCAAAACUUGUGGCCCAAGAAAACUUCCAGGUCGCCAGCAGCAACGUCACUAGAGAGCCCCAAUCGUUCGUCGGACAGACGGCCCUGGAGCGUGCGCGCCACCCACCCUCCCCCUGGGCGGCCGCCCGGGUCGCCGCCCCGCCCGCGGCUCCACCGCGGAGAGGCUAGGCGCGGCGGGCGGCGGGAGCGGGACGCGCGGCCUUCGGGCUCGGUUUGUCUCCCGCCCCGCCCCGGGAAUUCCCUUGGGCCCGCGGUGUGCGUAGGCCAUUGCUUGUGCUAUCCCGGUACCGGGUAAGUGCCAGGGGAAGGGACAAUUACCCUCAUCUUCGUCGCAGAGUCUCGCUCCUGGAAGCCAAAGGCAGAUUUUUCUGGAGAUAACAAAGACACUUUGUCACUUUGGGAGCUGCCUCGGUGCAAAUCUUUAAUUGCAAGUGGGAGUGGGGGAAGACGGAGAUCGAGUGUCUCAAGCAAGCUAAGCGCGGGUCUUCAGGCGGCAAGCACCCUUUGAUCAGGAAAAUCCAAUUAUUUGUGUAUAUACAUUUCCCACAUAGUGAUUACUUCAUUAAUUGUCCCGCCUUUAUCUCCUCCCUUCCCAUCCCCCCUAAUAAUCAGUUCUUUUAUCCAGACCAACAAACACACCAUAGGAGCUUUGUGGAUUCAAAGGAUUUGCUUUCGCUUCUGAGAGAGCCGCUAUUCUUUGAUGAUUGGGUAGCGGCAAACUUCAAAGCCAUAAAUCUUCCCUCUGACUGGCUGGCGGCCCAGCAAAGUCCUUAUCAAAUUCUUGGAGGUGAUCCUGAAGCGCUCAGACCGCGCGCGGAGCGAGCAAGCGGGGUGCGGCAAGGGGCGCAGGCGGGGAGGACCCCGCCGCGCGGAGGGGGCGCCGGGGAGGGACGCCGGGUGGCUGUUCGCCGUCGCCUUCGGGUCUCCAUGCCUCGGCAGCGCCCAGCUCCGCAGCCAAGGGCCCGAAAGCUGUAGCCAUGGCCGCCGUGGCUGUCCUCCGGAACGACUCGUUGCAGGCCUUCCUUCAGGUCAGAGCUGGGCUCGGAGGGGGCGAGGGAAGUGCGGCAACGGUCGUGUCCGGAUCUCUCCUGGUACUCUGUGCGCCCUGAAUCUCCAAGAGAUCCUGGGUCGGUGGAUGCCUCUGCAGUCAGACCUCGGGGUGCCCAAGCCAACUUCACACCUAACCUGGGUGUCAAGAGUGUGGCUUUGGGGAGUUGGGACGCGCAGAUUCGGGAGCUGUUCGGACUCCCGCGUCUGGCUUAGAACAGGGCCUGAGCAGUCACUGCUGGGCCCUCCUGCUAAUUUCAGCCUGGGACCAGCAGGGAAGAGCGCGAGACGACCACGGAAAUGGGAGCUUGAGAGAUGGGAGGGAAGGCGGCUGGGCAGCCAGGUUGUGGGUGUUUCCAAACCUGUCCUGACCGCGGAGCCGGAGAAGGCCCGUCGAAUCCGUGUUCUCUCCUACUUUGUGCUUGCUUCCUCUGAGGCUGGAAGGCAUCCCUUUUCAAGUACUUUAACAGGAAGCGCUCGCGCGCUGUACGUUCAGGACCGCACCCCCAGCGCCUCCCCGGACCUGGGCAAACACUCGCCUCUGGCGCUGUUAGCUGCCACCUGUAGCCGCAUCGGCCAGCAGGGAGCUGCGGCGCCCCCGGACUUCCUGCAGGUGCCCUACGACCCCGCGCUGGGCUCGCCCUCCAGGCUCUUUCACCCUUGGACCGCAGACAUGCCCACUCAUUCUCCCGGCGCGCUGCCGCCCCCGCACUCCAGCCUGGGGCUGACGCCGCAGAAAACGCACCUGCAGCCGUCUUUUGGGGCGGCGCACGAGCUGCCGCUCACACCCCCUGCUGACCCCUCGUACCCCUACGAGUUCUCACCGGUCAAGAUGCUGCCCUCGAGCAUGGCGGCGUUGCCCGCCAGCUGCGCACCUGCCUACGUGCCCUACGCGGCACAGGCCACGCUACCGCCUGGCUACUCCCACUUGCUGCCCCCACCUCCGCCUCCACCGCCGCCCACGUGUCGCCAGCUGUCCCCUCACCCGGCCCCGGACGACCUCCCGUGGUGGAGUAUCCCGCAGGCGGGCACCGGUCCGGGAACCUCCGGGGUUCGGGGAGGCAGCCUCUCCGGCGCCUGUGCUGGUGGCCCCCACGCGCCCCGCUUCCCCGCCUCGGCGGCCGCCGCCGCCCUGCAGCGGGGCCUGGUGUUGGGCCCGUCGGACUUCGCGCAGUACCAGAGCCAGAUCGCUGCGCUGCUGCACACCAAGGCCCCCCUGGCGGCCACGGCCAGGAGGUGCCGCCGCUGCAGGUGCCCCAACUGCCAGGCGGUGGGCGGCGCCCCGGAGGCAGAGCCAGGUAAGAAGAAGCAGCACGUAUGUCACGUGCCGGGCUGCGGCAAGGUGUACGGCAAGACAUCGCACCUGAAGGCGCACCUGCGCUGGCACACGGGCGAGCGGCCCUUUGUGUGCAACUGGCUCUUCUGCGGCAAAAGCUUCACGCGCUCAGAUGAGCUGCAGCGGCACCUGCGGACUCACACCGGUGAGAAGCGCUUUGCCUGCCCAGAGUGUGGCAAGCGCUUCAUGCGCAGCGACCACCUCGCCAAGCACGUCAAGACGCACCAGAAUAAGAAGCUCAAAGUUGCUGAGGCCGGGGUCAAGCGGGAGCACCCGAGGGACCUGUGAGCCCACCAGGGUGACUAGGUCUCUCACGCUUCGAAGUCCCUAGCACCCCUUCUGGGAAGUUCCGGGGGCCUGUGAGUAUCUGGUAGAGAGGACACCCGACAGGGACCCUUUGCCUUUGCCCACCUACCAAAGCGACGCCAGGCUCCCAAGCUUCCCUGGCCCGGCCCAGGGACAGGGACCCUGUGCCCAGGAGGAGCAGGGGAGGUAGAGCUCUGUGUCACUCAAAGGCAGUUUCAAGCCCUGAACCAUUCCCAUCGUCUGGGAGAACUACAUUUUGGGGGGACCACGCCGUGCUGACAUUGUAUACAGGAAACGCGUUAAAACGAAGGAACCUCGGGCAAUUUGAAAUAGUGCUCGGGUUUUUGUUGUUGUUGUUUGCUAGGACCGGGCCUGGCUUUGUACAGAUUAUUUAAUAGCUUUGUUAAAGAUUAAUUAUGAAAACUAUAACAUUAAUAAAAUGUUACCUUUGUCUUUAGCUCCAUGCAGAGCUACAGCAUGAAAUGUCUCUGUAAAGCAAUCAGUUGCAGUGUGAAAAUAAAUGAGUUAAUUCCGGGGUCAUCUCGGGAAGACACGGCU